AUGCAGUUGAUUCCUCGCUCUUACAAAUUUUGGAACUAUGCUCCAUCGAUCCCUGCAGCAGUCAUCUUUAUGCUCCUAUUCCUUGUUUUGACUGUGCUUCAUUCUUGGAAGUUGUUCAAGACGAGGACAUGGUUUUGCAUCGCUUUCACUAUAGGGGUUCAGGUCAUUGGAUACAUAGGUCGUGCCGUGGCACAUAAUAAUACGACCACUAUGGGACCAUACAUAGUCGCCAACAUCUUCAUCCUCCUGAGUCCCACCCUUUUCGCUGCUUCUAUUUAUAUGACCUUGGGUCGUAUAAUUCGUUCUGUUGGGGGCGAACACCUUUCCGUGAUCAGAGUCUCGCGUUUGACGAAAACUUUUGUCUGGGGUGACGUUCUGUCAUUUGUCAUCCAAGGAAAUUCCUCCUCGCUUUCGAUCUUGGGAUAUACGACGUGGGCUAAGGUUGCAGUUGUUGGGGGACUCGCGAUACAACUUAUAUCUUUCUCUAUUUUUUGGCUCACAGCCAUUAUAUUUGAGAAGAGAAUUCGCCGCUCGCCGACCCCCGAAUGUCUCCUACCUGGAACACCAUGGCAGAAGUCAUUGUAUAUGCUUUAUACAGUCAGUGCCUUGAUCAUGAUUCGUUCCAUCUUUCGCGUCAUUGAGUAUGUCCUUGGGAAUAGUGGCUAUCCUUUGGAGCAUGAGUGGACACUAUACAUCUUUGAUUCUGUUCCCAUGGUCAUUGUCAUGGCAGUUUUCUUCGUUUGGUAUCCCAGCGAGUUGCAGCGAAACAAAGAUAUUGAGGGAAAUGCCCCAACUCGAGCCGUUGAAGAGUGGAUACUAUGUGUGGCACUAUGUGCCAUCAAUAGGCGCAUCUGUCGUUUUUAUUCUCCUCUUCCUCGCUGUUACCGCUGUCCACUUCUGGAAGAUAUUCCGAACAAAAUUGAAUUCAUCGGCUACGCUGCUCGGGCCAGCGCCUAUGAGAAAACUGGCCGUCUGAUGCCGUAUAUCAUCCAGAGCGUCUUUAUUCUCAUCGCGCCUACUCUCUUCGCUGCUGCUGUCUAUAUGGUUCUGGCGCGAAUUAUUCGGAGUGUCAGGGCUGAAAGCCUCUCCCCUAUUCCUAUCAGAUUCGUCACCAAGGCUUUUGUCACCUGUGAUGUCCUCACCUUUUUUAUCCAAGGUGGGGGUGCUGGCCUGAUGUCGCAGGGUAGUAUGACAAACGCUGGACAAUAUAUUGUUCUUGCGGGUCUGAUCUUGCAAAUUGCCACGUUCGUUUUGUUUCUCACCACGGCGACGGUCUUCAAGCUACGUAUGGAUCGUCAUCCGACGAUUGCGACUAUGCAUAGUGAUGUGCCAUGGAAGAAACAUCUUUACAGCAUGUAUGCUAUAAGCUCCAUGAUUCUCCUUCGAUCAAUUUUCCGUGUUGUCGAAUAUGGGCUUGGAAAUGAUGGGUACCUGCUGUCAAACGAAUGGCCAACAUACAUCCUCGAUGCACUCCCUAUGUUUCUGGCAAUGGUAUGUUUCGCUGUUUGGUAUCCAAGCGAACUGGAGCCCUAUUUGCCUAAGGGGAAUACACUGCCUAUCGAGACAAUCGAACAGAAAGUUUGA